CCUCGACAAACACUAACCAGCCAGCAGCCAGCAAGAUGGGUCGUCUUCACGAGUACCAGGUCAUCGGCCGCCAUCUGCCCACCGAGGCCAACCCGACCCCUAAGCUCUACCGCAUGCGCAUCUUUGCGCCUAACGAUGUGGUCGCUAAGUCGAGGUUCUGGUACUUCCUCGGCAAGCUCAGGAAGAUCAAGAAGGCGAACGGCGAGAUCGUCUCCCUGAACGAGAUCCACGAGAAGCGUCCCGAAAAGGUCAAGAACUUUGGCAUCUGGAUCCGCUACGACUCUCGCUCAGGAACCCACAACAUGUACAAGGAGUACCGUGAGAUGUCCCGCACCGAUGCGGUCCACGCCCUGUACCAGGAUAUGGCUGCCCGCCACCGGGCCCGUUUCCGAUCCAUCCACAUCCUCAAGGUCGUUGAGGUCACCAAGACUGCCGACAUCCGCCGCCCAUACAUCAAGCAGCUCCUGGAGAAGAACCUCAAGUUCCCUCUGCCCCACCGUGUCAACAAGACCACCAGCAAGAAGAUCUUUGCUGCCCGCCGACCUUCGACUUUCUUCUAAGCGUGUUUUCCUUCUGUGGAGUGCAAACUGGAUGGGCCCGGAUGAUAUGGCUUUUGGGGGUUCUUCUGCAUGGCUUCAAGGAUGAAGUAUACUAGGCACGAAUCAAAAUCCCUAAAAUGUUCAAUCCAAAUCAGGCGAAAAGGGCGUGGUGAGAGGGUGUGACGGCACAAAUGUGUGUCGGGACGGAAUACCCGAGUCCUAGAGCACCAGCGCAUGGCCACCAUGUGGGUGAGAUAGCAAUGAAGAAAUGAUUGCUGACGACUCGAUUCGUUUUCGUUUCA